CAAAAAUCGGCGCAUUCGCGAGUCGCGGCCCAUACUGUGAUCGGUCGCGCCUUUCGCCAGCUGGCCACUGAACGCGACCUAAAAAAAUAAAUCAGUUCUUUUGUCAAAAAUUCAAAUUUAAUCGCGCGUUCAGUUUUUCUGGAAGUUGUGUUUUUGUUGUGGGAAAUUGUUGGAUAGAGAAAAUGGUUCGUCGGUUGAGUGCGCUGGCCUGCUGCUUCUGCAUGUUCGCUAUAUCGCUGUGCGGCAGCGCGAUACCCUCGGAAAGUGACACGCGGUGCAAGAACCCCCCGACGGCGCCGCAGAAGAUCGAGAGAGUCAUCACGCUGUGCCAGGAUGAGAUCAAGCUCUCUAUACUGCGAGAGGCUCUGGACGUGAUCAAGGAGGAGCACACGAUGCCGGCGCAGCGCCGCCGCAACAAGCGCGAGGUGCCCUUCAGCCACGACGAGAAACGCAUCGCCGGGUGCUUGCUGCAGUGUGUCUACCGCAAAGUUAAGGCUGUGGACGGCUACGGGUUCCCGACGCUGGAGGGGCUGGUGGGGCUGUACUCGGACGGGGUGAACGAACGCGGCUACUUCAUGGCGGUGCUGGAGGCGUCACGAGGGUGUCUCAUGAGACACCACGACCGCUUCUCCAGGACUGUGCCUAUGGAUAACGGUCGGAAUUGCGACGUCUCCUUCGAUAUCUUCGAGUGCAUCUCCGACAGGAUCGGCGAAUACUGCGGGAACUCCGGACUCUGAACACAACUACACCAAUAAAUAUAGUUGAUAAGGA